AGGAAAAGAAACCCCACAGGUAAACUAGUAGUUGUUGGGUUUUCUUUUUCUUCUUUCAUAUGAUCGCAGUGAUCACGCAGAAACAGCAAGUGAAAAUGGCAUUUGAUAAAAUUAAGGUCACCAAUCCCAUUGUCGAAAUGGACGGUGAUGAAAUGACUAGAGUUAUUUGGAAAUCAAUUAAGGACAAGCUUAUUUUCCCUUUUUUGGAUUUGGAUAUCAAGUAUUUUGACCUCGGCCUGCCCAAUCGUGAUGCUACAGAUGAUAGAGUUACCAUAGAAAGUGCUGAGGCUACUCUCAAAUAUAAUGUAGCAAUCAAGUGUGCAACAAUAACUCCAGAUGAAGGCCGUGUUAAGGAGUUUAACUUGAAAAAUAUGUGGAAGAGUCCAAAUGGGACGAUUCGCAACAUUUUAAAUGGUACAGUUUUUAGAGAACCUAUUAUCUGCAAAAACAUUCCAAGACUUGUUUCAGGUUGGACCAAGCCAAUCUGCAUAGGAAGGCAUGCAUUUGGUGACCAGUACCGAGCGACUGAUACAGUCAUCCAAGGCCCUGGCAAACUGAAGCUGGUAUUUGUACCUGAUGGACAAAGUGAAAAGAAAGAAUUUGAGGUUUUCAAAUUCGAAGGAGCUGGAGGUGUGGCUCUGUCCAUGUAUAACACUGAUGAGUCCAUCCAUGCUUUCGCUGAAGCUUCAAUGAACACUGCUUACCUGAAGAAGUGGCCACUUUAUCUUAGCACUAAAAAUACCAUUCUUAAAAAAUAUGAUGGAAGAUUCAAGGACAUAUUCCAGGAAGUUUAUGAAAUGCAAUGGAAAUCCAAGUUUGAGGCUGCAGGAAUUUGGUAUGAACAUCGUCUCAUUGAUGAUAUGGUUGCUUAUGCUCUCAAAAGUGAAGGAGGUUAUGUAUGGGCAUGCAAGAAUUAUGAUGGAGAUGUGCAGAGUGAUUUCUUGGCCCAAGGAUUUGGAUCUCUUGGGUUGAUGACUUCAGUAUUGGUGUGCCCGGAUGGAAAGACAAUUGAAGCUGAAGCAGCCCAUGGCACUGUUACCCGCCAUUAUCGGGUUCACCAGAAAGGAGGUGAAACCAGCACCAACAGCAUAGCAUCGAUUUUUGCCUGGUCGAGAGGUCUUUCACACAGGGCAAAGUUGGACGGCAAUGUCAGACUCUCGGAUUUUACUGCAAAACUAGAAGCAUCCUGCAUUGGAGCUGUUGAAUCAGGGAAGAUGACCAAGGAUCUUGCACUUCUUAUUCAUGGGCCCAGGGUUAGUAGGGGUCGGUAUCUGAAUACAGAGGAGUUCAUUGAUGCUGUAGCUGAGGAGCUGAAGGCAAGACUGUUGGUCAGAGCAAAGUUGUAAAAUUCUGGGUUCUAAAUAAUUUGGCAGAAGCUGGGUUCAGCUAGCAUAGCAUACGGACAUGGUAUAUUUUUCAAUGGUUUUUUCCUAUCUUAAUUCCCCAUCGCCCUUGUACAAGGGAAUAGGGUAACGUUAAGAAGUCUAUCCUUGUGGGGAAGUUGAAGAUGGAGGUGGGCAGCAAGUUGUUCUUGCAGAUAUGGAUUAGAAGGGACUGUUGAAGACUGGACAGCCCAAGGAGAGGAAUAAAAUGGGAUUAUUAUUAUUAUUAUUAACUUAAGACAUGUUUGAAAUAAGCUAGCAUGUAAUAUCUGAAGAGAACUGAUGAUUUACUGGUAUUGUUCGUCGCGUGAACUGAAGUUUCUUAAAUUUUGAAAACCAUGGACGGCGGCGUCAAUCCACAUGGCA